GAAUUUGUUUUUGGUCUAUAUGUAUCUGUGCACACUGAAAGGCAUAGCACCUUUGUUAAAUAAAGAAGAAAAAAUUGAAUUUCUUACUUUUUGCCAUUGCAAUUUUGAGUAUUAGGUGAUAUGUUAAAGCCAGGUAUGCCUAGAUGAUUAUUGUAGAUAGUUUGUUUUCAUGCAAUGGAAAAGCUUGCCUUUUUUGAAAAAAAAAAAGUGAACAUAAAAGAUAGAAAGAAAUCAUAAUCAUUGAAUUUUUUCUGAAUGAUCCUAGGUUGCUAUUUUGCUUCUUACUAAGAUCACUCCAAAAAGUAUAGCUGUUCACAAUCCCACAGAGGUGGCUAGAUUUGUGGUAAGUUUUCCAUUUAAGUUUCCAUGUUCUUCUUGAACUUGCAACCAAAACUUUGUUGAAAAACUUUAACUUUCUCUUUAAAACUCCAUGGUCUAUGUUGCUAUUUAACUCUUUUCUACUUAGCUGAUGACUGCUAGCAAACUAAAAUUAUUUGGCUAAUGCCAUUUGCUGUGUCAUUGAUUCUAGUGGAAAUCCAAUUUAAUUUUUUUGCCAACAGGUGCCUUUCUGUUUGUUUACAGUUUACAUGUUCUAAUUUUAUGAAUUCCUUGCAGGAUAUGAUUGAAAAUGUAUUGGAGAUAAAGGAUACUCAUGUUAGAGAGGUAGAGACACCCCUUGUUGAUAUGGUUGCAAUUGAUGCAAGUGCAACUCUUGUUGAUUUCCAACGUCUGUGGGUGACUCACAAGGCAGGGAAUUGGUAAUUCAUGUCUAAGGCUUUGUCUCCUUCAAGAAACCUGUUGAAAGAUUUCUGUUUACAGGGUAUCUGUUUUUGAGUAGCGUGUUGACAAUAUAGUUGGCAUUGCAUAUGCAAUGGAUCUACUUUAUUUUGUUUGGAAGGUCAGCAAUUUCCCCCUUCGAUGCACCCUUUUUUCCAUCAUUAGAACUUUUUGUAUCAAUUAUAUGCAACAAUGUCAAUAUCAUAGCGUGCAGAUUUAUAAUCACUUCGAUUUUUAUUUCUUUUUUUGGGAACUGGUGAGGGUGAGCAACUUGAAAGUUCUACUGUGAGAGACAUGGCUAACAAACCUGCCUACUUUGUGCUUGAUUCAAUGUCAGUGUGGAAUCUUCUUAGAGAGUUCCAGAUCAGAAAGGUUCACAUGGCUGUUGUUCUUAAUGGAUAUGGCAGAACUGUUGGGAUAGUAACCUUAGAAGGUGUGGUUGAGGAGAUUGUUGGAGACAUCUUUGAUGAAAAUGAUUCAAAGGAGGAGAUCCAGAAGAAAACUGGCUAUAUUGUAAUGAGAGCAGAGGGAGUAUAUGAUGUCCAUGCCCAUGCAUCUAUUUAUUGGCUGAGGACUUGAAUAUCAAAAUGGCAGAGGAACAUCAGUGUCAGACCGAAUAGGGUUUCGUAUGCGAAGUAUUUGGAUACAUCCCUGGGCUAUUAAGAGCAUCAAAGUUUCCUCAAAAGGGAUAAUCAAGAUGAUGAUGAUAAGCAUGAUGAAGAUGGAUCUGGUCAUCAAGAUUUGAAGGAAAGGCAUCAAAUAUAUAGACUUGAGAUAUUAGCUGCAAAUGCCUGAAAGGUUAGUGCUGUUCGUUUUGAGCAGAUAAACAAUGGGGAAGCAAUGUCAGAGGCCAAAAAUGGAACUCGAUUGAUUCCCAAAUUCAUGAAGAGGAAAGGGAACAGUGACAAAUUGGAUAACAUCACCUAUGAUGAGAACGCAUUUCAGAAGAGAUAAGAGAAUUGCCUUUCUGAUUGCUUUGUAGUUCUGAAGAUACAUAAGAUAAUGGCCAUUAGCUACAUUACAUAUUCUGUUUUCUUCUUUAGCUCGUUCUUUUCGUUCCCAUAUUCUUACUGCCCCAUGAAGAGCAAACGGAAGGAAACCACAGGAUUACUAGGUAGACUAACAUUGUAAUACUUUUUCACAGAUGAAGUGAAGUAUCAACAUCUGAAAUAUC